AGCGAGACAUGAUUAUCUCUUGGUUAUAUUGAUGCCUGAGCAUCUGCAGAGCAUAUAAAUUAAGAUUCACGAAAAUGAGAAAACUAUCAAGGCAGCUCCGAAGCAAUUGUAAAAUGGCACUAACUUGAUUAUGUGCAGGUUCCCAAGAAUUUCGUGCGAGACUUGCAUGAAGGAGUAGGGAUGUUGGGAAGCUUGUUGCCGAGUCCUUUAGUGAUGUAUGAGUAUGCGAUAUGCCCUCCAUUUGCAUCUUUGAACAUGUCGGACUCAACGCUUAGCACUGCACCUCUAAAGCUUGGUGCAUGGAAUCAAACAAUACCCACCAAACUGAGGUAUGUAACUCGUGGAAAUGCACAAUGCUUUCCUUCUGUGAAGUGGAAAAUAUAUUCUGCUGCCCAAACACAGCCCGUCAUUGAGGUUCUUGCGGAAGAGGAAAGAGAGAUGUGGCAGGCAUGCAGGGACAUUCUCACUCCGCUAAAUUUAAGUGUAGAGGAGGUUGAUGUCAUCUUGAGCAAAGCAUUUGGUUGGACCCACUCUCCUUACUGGGGUGAAGAGAAAACUAAAACAGUUCCUAAGAGUGAUUCAGUCAAUGAAAUGGUAGAUUAUCUUAAGAGCCUAGGCAUUUCAGAUGAUGAUCUCUACAAGUUGCUGAAGAAGUUUCCGGAGGUGCUUGGGUGCGGUCUUAAUGAGGAGUUGAAGAAGAAUGUAGGUAUCCUAGAGAGACACUGGGGUAUUGAUGGGAAGACACUACGGAGUGUUCUCCUUCGUAAUCCGAAGGUUCUUGGCUAUAAUGUGGAUUGCGAAGGUGAUUGUAUGGCUCAAUGCACCCGAUGUUGGGCCCGGUUCUGAACUCUUCAUUAUUUUGCAUGGUAUCAAAUAUCUGUAAUGUCUUAAUCCUUCACCCUAUUCAUUAAAAGCCAAACAUGGUUAGCAGUUCAACUGUAUUAGUAAAUAAGACUGGUACAUGCUCUAUAUAUUGCAUAUUGAAGUUGUCUCACAUGGACAUCAUUCCAUGAAUGAGUCCAUGCAGUGGAGAUA